AUGACAGCCUGGCGGCUGCAGCAUCCACUCUUUUUCCUCCAGCUGUCGUGCGCAGUGCUUGCCGCCCCGCCGCGGGCGGUGGAAGCAGCGGUGCGGGCGGCAGAGAUCUGGGGGGCUGGGCGAGGGCCAAUCGCAGGGCUGUAUGCGCUCAUGUGCGGCCCGUCGCCAGGUGGCAGCGUGCGAUUGGCUGCAUUCUGGUGUCUAUCUAGGGAGCAGGUGUUGCCUGCUGCUGUGGGGACAGGGGUGGUGAAGGGCGGAGGAGAAGGGGAGACACAUGGCGAGCCAGUUGGUGAUGGCGUCAGACCUGAGCUGGCUCACAUUCUGCAGUCAGCCAAUCGGAAGGAGUUGCUGACGUCAGCUCUGACGUCACCGCAGCGGGUGCGGCACUACCUGGCAGCUUGUCUUGUGCUGCACCGCAUCCAAUCCCUCCCCACCUCACCCCCAUCCCCACCUCCCUCCACCGCAACCCCCUCUGCUGCAUCGCCAUCCUCCCCUCGCGACCACCUUGUCGCCUUUAUCCAAGCCACUCCCACACUCACGGUCCUCCUCGACCUCGUUGCUCAAAACCUCCUCCUCGCACCCUCCCCCUCACACUCCUCCGCCUCUGCUCGUCGCCUCAUCCAUCUCAACCCCUCAGGACCCCUUCCCCCUGCCGUUUCUCAAGCCGGGGAUUUUGCCACACGGGCAGUUGCCCAGGCCUCGCCUCUGGACGUGGCGCUGGAAGUUUUAACCCUGCCCGGGGCAGGCAAAUUAUCGGUACCACGCAUGCGCAGCCUUGCAGCAGCGGUGUUUGGGGCGGCGCUGCGGGUGGUGCCAGGGGGGGUGAGGCGGUGGUAUGCGGAUGUGCGGGAGAAGGGAGUGCGGCGGGGCAUGGACAUCUUCACCGCUCGGUACUGCAGUGCCCACAUGAUCGCCCUCGAACUCACACAAGCGCAGAAGGCGGGCGGCAGCAAGGAGGACCUGACGGUGCGCACGCGGCGGUCGGCGCGCGAGGUGUGGGCGGCAUACUGCAAGGACGAGGCCAAGCUGGAGCUCGUCAUCAAGCUGCCCGAAAGCUACCCGCUGCGAGGGGCAGCUGUCGAAAGUUCCAAAGGGGCAGGCAUGAAAGAGGCCGAGAUGCGCAAGUGGCUGCUGGCGGCGAACUCGUUCCUGCUGCUGGGAGGGGGGUCGGUGGCAGAUGCGGUGGUGCAGUGGUGCGAGUGUGCAGAGAAGAAGUUUGAAGGGGUGGAGGAUUGCCCCAUCUGCUACAGUGUCAUCCACUCGUCCAAUGGCAGCCUGCCACGUCUGCAGUGCCGCACGUGCAAGCACAAGUUCCAUCCUGAGUGUCUCUAUCAGUGGUUCCAAUCCUCCCACAAGUCCACCUGCCCGCUCUGCCAGACAUCCUUUUAG